UGAUAAAUUGAGAACGCAAUAGGGGGAACUGGUAAUAUGCAUUUAUGUUUCAUCUACGUCCAAUAACUCGUGCGUAAGGGUACUUGGUGUGACACAAAAACGCCUUAACUCACACCGUGCAGCCUUGAACGUGAGAGAAUCGUUGCGAGAUUUCUUGUCCUGAGCGCCUCAGCCGGGACAGCUUCAGCUGACCAUGGAAAGCGGUAGCAACACGUCGAACUAUCCAUACCAUUUCUCGAAUAUGGCCAUGAUGAACAAUAGUGUUUUUUGUCGGAAUUUCAGCGAUAACAUGAGUUUGGAUGCCAAAUGUGAGAGAACAGACAAUCUGGCCAAAGAUUCGACACCAGUGAUCAUCGCGAUUAUAAUCACGACUCUUUACUCUAUUGUGUGUGUGCUUGGUCUGGUGGGAAACGUGCUCGUCAUGUAUGUCAUUAUCAGAUACACUAAAAUGAAGACCGCCACAAAUAUCUAUAUCUUCAACCUGGCCUUGGCUGAUGCACUAGCCACCAGUACGCUGCCCUUCCAAAGUGUCAACUUCCUGAUGGGGACCUGGCCGUUUGGAGACGUGCUGUGCAAGAUAGUGAUAUCCAUCGACUACUACAACAUGUUCACCAGUAUCUUCACCUUGACCACCAUGAGUAUUGACCGUUACAUUGCAGUGUGCCACCCCGUCAAGGCCUUAGACUUCCGCACGCCCCGUAACGCGAAGAUUGUCAACGUGUGCAACUGGAUCCUGUCCUCUGCCAUCGGUCUGCCUGUCAUGUUCACCGCCUUAACUACUGUAACCGAUAACGGCAAGUACGACAGAAUCAUCGACUGCACUUUGAUCUUCCCCCACCCAUCCUGGUACUGGGAGAAUCUUCUGAAGAUCUGCGUCUUCAUCUUUGCCUUCAUCAUCCCCGUCCUCAUCAUCACCGUGUGCUACGGGCUAAUGAUCUUGCGCCUGAAGAGUGUGCGCAUGUUGUCCGGCUCCAAGGAGAAGGACCGCAACCUGCGCCGCAUCACCCGUAUGGUCCUGGUGGUGGUGGCCGUCUUCAUCAUCUGCUGGACGCCCAUCCACAUCUACGUCAUCAUCAAAGCCCUUAUCAAUAUCCCCAACUCCCUGCUGCAGUCCGUCACCUGGCACUUCUGCAUCGCUCUGGGCUACACCAACAGCUGCCUGAAUCCUGUCCUCUACGCCUUCCUGGACGAGAACUUCAAACGCUGCUUCCGCGAGUUCUGCAUCCCCUUGAGUCCUUCGAUGCUGGAGCUGCAGAAUUCUUCUCGUACCCGCCACCACCACCAACACGAGCACCACUCCAGCGCCAACACGGUGGAGAGGUCCAAUCAAGAGGUAUGACUAGGUAUGGAGAUGUUGUCGUUAGACUCAUGCUGCCAGCCCAACGACGACAUGAUCUCGGAAGUCACCCAGGUAACCACGGUGCUCUGACACAAAGCUCUGACACGUAAUGCGCCAAGAUGCUGAAAUGCAACGUGGCAUGAGCAUCUAUGUUGCUGUCGCCUCUUUCUGGCAAGGCUGACAAAUAUCUGAAUGUAGAAUAGCGCUCAGCGUAAGGCUUUCUGUCAGGUUGCAUUAUUAAAAUGUUGAACUUUGGUCUGAACACUGAAAUGAACCAACAUCAGCUGUUAUGUACACAGUAGGCUAUCCUUUUAGACUGGUAUACUGAACAUACUGAAAAUUAUAAAUUGGCCAUGUUUUGAAGUUGUACAUUGUUUGUUUACAAUUACAUUAUUGUUUGCUUCAAGAGUCAAUGGCUAUAUAUCACAAAUUUAAAAGUCAGAAAAUGGAUGUAGCCUACCAAUCACAGACUGCAGCUUUAAAGCUGUGUAUAGCUGCUUUUAUAUGUUAUAUGAUCUGUGCUAAAUUGUUAUGUAUUGUAUGUGUAUGUGAAUUGCCUUUAAUGUAGCCCUGCAAAAUAUCCAAACUGAAAGUGAUUUAAAAAAUAUAUAAAAAAUAUAUAUACUGUAUAUAUGAUUACAUUUAGUUAUUAUCAGAUAUUGUAUUGAAUACUGUUAGUCAUUUUUAACAGUGCUUGGCAGAACUUGCACACCUGCAAAAGGUUCCAUCAACAUGAUAAUGCUGCUUUAUCAACGUCAAGUAACUGAAAUAUUUAUUGAUAUUUAAAACGGAUAUAUUACAGUGCUUGCAAGUUUACGGAGAUAAAGUCCUAACCAUUGGGUUGUGGCAGACCUGGGUUCAAAUACAUGCUUAAUUAAAGACAUGGUGACUUUGGUGAAAAAAGACAUGGUGACUUUGACUACUAAGUCUUUUUUAAACCUCUCACUUUGGGCUGGAUUUGCAAAUGUGUAGUUCAUAAAUCCAUCAUCCGUAAUCUAUGAGCAGAAGUACUGUUUUACGUCAAUUAGCCACAAAAUCCUUAGUUGGAAAGGGGCUAUUUUCUGGAAGCUGUGCUGCGCCUUGUUCCCUACAUUUUCCCCCGUGUGGGCCAGCCCCCUAGCAUUUCAAGUUUCAGCCAAUGAGCUUCAACCCCUCACCAUACGAGUGACAGCUAUCAAGAUGCACGUGAUUCACCCACAGCAGAGCAGAGGGAAACAGCAAUGAUGUGGUGCACAUAUUUGCACAUAUGUGACAGUACGCAAUUUUCGGGAAAAACAGUUUUGGCUCGUGAGCGCUACUUUCAGAAGUACUGGCUAAAAAGUAUUGAAAAGUACUGGAGAAUCUCUUUUAAGUAUUUGUAUUUUAAAUACUUACAGUACACUGAACAAAAAUAUAAACGCAACACGUAAAGUGGUGAUCCCAGAAAUGUUCC